CCGGCCGAUACUUUUCAGAUGAGAAACGAUGAAGAGCUCUGAGAAACGUUACAACGUUUCGUCUUUCGAUCUCCUUUACCCCCUGUUUAUACGUGAUUACCCCAGUUUGAAGCAUUCAAUCAAUUUCAUCGCAUCUCCAUGGUAACCGACUUAAGUUCAAGUGUAUAAAUCCCUUUGUGCUCCAACACUGCGGAAGUUCGUUUGCUGAGGUUUAGGCCAGGAACAUGAAUGAAAUAAAAACUCCAUCACCAAACCUAACUACAAAGUACGCAGAAGCUUGAUCAUGAUUUCUGAAACUUCUUAAGAGUCUUUUCCAUGGCUUAUUACAUCCCCUGACAAGAGAGGUUCUUCUAGAAAAAAACAAAGGUCACAAAUGAUUCUUGGAGAAUCAGAUAGAGUUGCGAGAUUGAAGAAUAAUGCGGUGCUCCAAGUUAUCUCAUGAGUCAGCUGUUUUGUCUCCGACUCUGCAAAAUGAUUUUAAGCGUGUGCUAGAGUUUGCACAUUGUUGAUGAUGCCAUGAAACUCUGUAUUAAUCCGUGUACAUAAGAAGUGAAAAGGUUUUUAGCUUUAUGCGUAAAUAUAGAAAAUUUAUGAUGCUGUGAGUUUAUUACAAAUGGUGGUUAGUCCCGCUUUGAGCAAGGCCAUGGAUGGUUAAAUCCUCAACUCUGAGUAAUUGAGCUCUCUCAGUGCAUUGCUCAGGAGGUUUCUCUUAGUGCUCCUUUCUUACAACUUCCUUAUUUAAAUAAAUCGGUCGCUAAAGGAUAGCAUUGCAGUUGGAUCAUUAUGAGAGUUUCAAGAGGUGCACAUGGAAGAAUAUUCUUAACCAUCCACGGAGGUUGCUGGUUUGACGGAGAGAAAUGUUGUAGACGUCGAGAAGGUGUAAGAAAUGAUACCUUCUCUGAAAGUAAAAGUCACUUGCAAAAAAAAAGGGGAAGAAGUUUUCUAGAAAGCGACUUUACGACAGUUCAAGUUUUGACCACUCUGAAACGUGUCAGUGGAACAUUAGGCGUUAUUCUUCACUCGGCUAACUUUCCUUUCCACAAAGAGAAAAGCUUAUGGGUUCUUCUUGCGGAUUCAAACAAUAUAUGUUCCAGAAAGUUGCUUUCAUGGACAAAGUUGAAGCUAUAAGGAUUGUGUCGAGUGCUAUUAGUUAGACAAUGAAUACUUU